AGUUGAACCACAAAGCGAGUAGUGCCACUGUGCGAGCACACACACACACACACAUAUAUAUAUUUAUAUAUUUAUAUAAAUAUAUACACAGAAAAAUACAUCGCAGAGGGACUGGAGCUGAAUCAUGUGCCAUAUUGGAGCCGAGAAACGAGCAGCUUGAUCGGCAGCGGAGCUACUGAAGCCGACCGAGAGCUCCAGCAGCGCGGACACACUCGACAGGCAGGAGCCGCUCGGAGCAGCAGCAGCGGCGGCGACGAGACGACGGAGAGCCCGCAGCAGCAGCACCGUGUACCCGAGGGGUGGUCACAACUGUUGUCAUCCACCACCCUCCACCUCCACCUCCACCACUGCUUCUCCUCCUCCGCUGUCUUUAUCAGUUUAACCACGGCGACGAGAGGAGGGAGAAGUGAUCCGGUUAACGAGCGAGCAGCUCCCCCUCCACCACCACCACCACCACCACCACCGGCCUCAGCGUCACCGUCAGCCCCGCGGUCGGUAGCUCCGUGCGGGGUCUCCAACGCGAGCGAGGAGGGUACCCCCGCCCCCCCCUACACCACCUCCACCACACCGACACACAGCCACCGUCCACCCGCUUAAAAACGCCGCCCGCUCGGGGGUAACUCUCUCAAACAGGGCAGCUAUGGAUUAUCUGAGGCGGUUCUCUGGUUCUUUUUGACGCCGUUCGGACUCUCUCGUAGCCGCUUUUCGUGCGUUAUUUUCGGACACCGCUGCUACAAGAAGACCCCCCCCCCCCUCUCCUCUCCCUCCUCCAGGAGCAGCCAGUUCCCCCGCAGCCGUUAGCCGAGCGUUAUUAAGUAAAAUCCCGGUUUGAAACCGAGCCAGCGUCACUGUUACACCGCCAGUUAGUGACCGUGCGUACCGCUGGGCGACAGGGCGGCAUCCCCGCGGUGUAUUUUUAGUUAAAAUAAUUAAAAACUCGAUGUAUAAACUGAUUAAUCACUCGAUAGUUAGCCUCGGCGGCUAGCAGGGUUAGCUCGCGAGCUAGCGUGGUGGCUAACUAAACUUAGCCCGAAUAUCGACGCUGCCCGGCGGGCUUUAGGUUUUAAUUAACCCGCCUUUAAUUCUUUAAUUGGAUUGGACUCAUUGGUGCUUUUAAUUAAAUUUAAAAAAAAAGCUUCUUAAAGGUUUAAUCUGUUUUUUUUUCUGUUUUUUUCUCGGGGACAUUUGUGAUUGAUUGAUGAGCCGUUAGGGACCGUGAACGUUACACAGGAAGGAAAGGAGGGCAGUGAACGCACCACGAACACAACACGGCGGCGUGUUUUUGUGUUUUUGUUUUUUUUCAAAGCUGCUUUUUAACGUUUUAUUCACCGGAGAUAUUUUUAUUACUAUCAUAUGUUUCGGUUUCACAUCGAGGGAAGCCGCAGCAGACACCUCUCCGCCUGUCUCCGCCUCGCUUUGCUCCGUCAGCUCGCGGUAAAUUGACAUUUGUUUGCAGCUGUGGAGACAGACAGGAGGACCGGGACAGUGUCCCCCCGCCUGCAGAGACACACCUGACAGCAUCACCCUGCUUUUAUUUAUUCAUCAGCAUAUUUCUUGGCAUUAAAUUGGAUUAUAAAGGAGCCACCUCCACCCUGAUGUCUUCCCUCCUCUCCUCCACCAUGACGGUGCUCUGAAGCGCAGACUGCACGCCGGAGACUACGCCACCCUUCCCCGCUCUCUCAGCCGCUUCACCCCGCUGUCACGCCACCUUUUUCGGGGAGAGGGGGAAAAAAACAAAGUGGGGUGGGUGGAUGUUUGUUGUUGGGUCGUAUCAGCCGGUGCCGGUGCUGGUGUUGGUGGUGCCCCCACCCUGAGCAGAACCCACCCUCCACCCUCCGUGUGUUGUGACUGUGUUCACUGUGUGACCGCUGAAGAUGGCGGACCUCGAGGCGGUGCUGGCUGAUGUCAGUUAUCUGAUGGCGAUGGAGAAGAGCAAGUCCACUCCAGCAGCCAGGGCGAGCAAGAAGAUCAUCCUGCCCGAGCCCAGUAUUCGCAGCGUGAUGCAGAAGUACCUCGAGGAGAGAGACGAGCUGACGUUCGACAAAAUCUUCAACCAGAAAAUCGGCUUCCUGCUCUUCAAGGACUUCUGUCUGAACGAGAUCGACGAGGCCGUGCCACAGCUCAAGUUCUACGAAGAAAUUAAAGACUACGAGAAGCUCGACUCCGAGGAGGAGAGGCUGAGCCGCAGCCGGCAGAUUUACGACGGCUACAUCAUGAAGGAGCUGCUGUCCUGUUCACAUCCAUUUUCUAAGAAAGCAGUGGACCACGUGCAGAGCCACUUAGCAAAGAAACAAGUUCCCCCGACUCUCUUCCAGCCAUACAUAGUGGAGAUCUGCGACAGCUUGAGAGGGAAGAUCUUCCAGAAGUUCAUCGAGAGUGACAAAUUUACUCGUUUUUGCCAAUGGAAGAACGUGGAGCUCAACAUCCACCUGACCAUGAACGACUUCAGCGUGCAUCGGAUCAUCGGCCGGGGCGGCUUCGGAGAGGUGUACGGCUGCAGGAAGGCCGACACGGGGAAAAUGUACGCCAUGAAGUGUUUGGACAAGAAGAGGAUCAAGAUGAAGCAGGGAGAGACUCUCGCACUCAACGAGAGAAUCAUGCUGUCGUUAGUCAGCACAGGGGACUGCCCGUUCAUCGUUUGUAUGACGUACGCCUUCCACACCCCCGACAAGCUCUGCUUCAUCCUGGACCUGAUGAACGGAGGCGACCUGCACUACCACCUGUCUCAGCACGGCGUGUUCAGCGAGAAAGAAAUGCGUUUCUACGCGGCUGAGAUCAUCCUCGGGCUGGAGCACAUGCACAACCGCUUCGUCGUCUACAGAGACCUCAAGCCAGCGAACAUCCUGUUGGAUGAACACGGCCAUGUUCGGAUCUCCGACCUCGGCCUGGCCUGCGACUUCUCCAAGAAGAAACCUCACGCCAGCGUGGGGACUCAUGGAUACAUGGCUCCGGAGGUUCUUCAGAAGGGGACGGCGUACGACAGCAGCGCCGACUGGUUCUCCUUAGGCUGCAUGCUCUUCAAACUCCUGCGAGGGCACAGUCCCUUCAGACAGCACAAGACCAAAGACAAACACGAGAUCGACCGCAUGACGCUCACCAUGAACGUGGAGCUGCCCGACUCGUUCACCGCGGAGCUCAAAGAUCUGUUGGAGGGUUUGCUGCAGAGAGACGUCUCCAAGAGGCUCGGCUGUCAGGGCCGAGGAGCUCCGGAGGUGAAGGAGCAUCAGUUCUUCAAAGGCAUCGACUGGCAGCAGGUUUACCUGCAGAAGUACUCUCCUCCUUUAAUUCCUCCCAGAGGGGAGGUGAACGCUGCAGACGCCUUCGACAUCGGCUCCUUUGACGAGGAGGACACCAAGGGCAUCAAGUUGCUGGACAGCGACCAGGAGCUGUACAAGAACUUCCCUCUGGUCAUCUCGGAGCGCUGGCAGCAGGAAGUCGCGGAGACGGUCUACGAGGCGGUCAACUCGGACACGGACAAGAACGAGGCCCGUAAGAGGGCCAAGAACAAGCAGCUGGGCCACGAGGAGGACUACGCCCUCGGGAAGGACUGCAUCAUGCACGGAUACAUGCUGAAGCUGGGGAACCCGUUCCUCACACAGUGGCAGCGCAGAUACUUCUACCUGUUCCCCAACCGGGUCGAGUGGAGGGGGGAGGGCGACACACGGCAAAACCUGCUGACGAUGGAGCAGAUCGUGACGGUGGAGGAGACGCAGAUUAAAGACAAGAAGUGCAUCCUGCUGCGCAUCAAAGGAGGGAAGCAGUUUGUGCUGCAGUGCGAGAGCGACCCGGAGUUCGUGCAGUGGAAGAAGGAGCUGACGGAGGCGUUCACAGAAGCCCAGAAGCUGCUGCGCCGCGCCCCCAAAGUCAUCGGCAAAGGCCGGGCCGGCGUGGUGGAGCUGUCCAAACCUCCCCUCACACACCGCAAUAGCAACGGCCUGUGAAUACACACACAUUUCACACACACACACACACACACACACGUAUACAGUAUAUAUGUACACACACACACACACACACACUGCAUCCCACCUCGUCCUCAUCAGGACUUUUUCCCACGACGCCUCGCAGUGUGUGUACGGACCACCAGCCUCUUACAACACACACACACACACACACACACACACACGACACGACGACCAAUCAUAAGCGCGUUUAGUUUUUUGUUGUCCGCCAUGAUGGGACCUUCUUGCCAGUUUUCAGCGAGAGGACGACGCCGCGGCGAGACGUUCGUGCGGACUCAGCAUGUGAAGAAGCUCCGCAUGAACGUGACGAGGACGGCUCCUCUUCUUCUUCUUCUUCCUGUCUCUCUCUCUGUCUCCUCUUCUUCUUCUCUCUCUCUGUCCUCCACCACCUCCACCUCGCUCCGUCUGAAGCUCCGUCCUCUCCACGCGGCGGCCACGUUGGACUCGUCUCUGAGGCGCGAGGCCGGACGCUUCCUCUCAUCCCCUCCGUUAAAGUGCCAACGCCAAUAUUUACCGGAGUCACCUGAGGCACCGGGAGGACCUGCUCGGUGGCAGACUCGCCCCCACCCUUUUUUCCCCGGAUACACAGGGUGGAGGUGGAGGGGUGGAGGUGUUUGAUCAUUCCAGUGCAGGAAAAAACAAGGAAGUAACGGGAACCAGAGACUCUCUUCUGAUUGGCUCUCACAGAGCCAGUCGCCAUAGAGACUGGGACUCCAUUGGCUGACAAGCAGCAGCCAGUUGCUAUGGGGAUCUGUAACCAAGGACAACGGUGUAACUAUUGUGUAUGAAGGCUACAGUUGCAGACGGGUGGAGGGAGUGACUGAGUGUAAAUAAGAUCUCUGUGCAGUGUUUAACGUGUCCGUCAUCGUGACUGUCCUGACUCCAAGAAGAAGACGAGGACGAAGGUGGAGGCUUAUUUUCCUGCUGGGUGCUGCUGGGUGCUGGUGGGUGGUGGUGGGUGGGGUCAGGCAGGAAGUCUGGCGGCUUCCAAUCACUCGUGGCGCUGCGUUACCUCAGCUGGACUGUGUCGCUUUGAGCACGCGGAGGCGAGGACUCGUUCAAAGGGCCAAACUGUCGCGUUCGCUCGCUCGUUCGUUCUCGUACACGUCGUCGUCGUCGUCGUCUCGCAGCUUUUGUCCGGAAAUGUUUUCAUCGUCCCGCUUGCUCGCGAUCAAUCGCGGGUUCACGCUGUUGUUCGCGCGAGGAGCCGAAGCUAAUUAACGUGAAACUCCGCCCCAGAAUACGACAAACAGAAUCGCCAUGGAAACGUUCACGUCGUCUCUGAUGUGUCCGGCUUUUUUCCACGCGGUGAAAAUGUUUUUGUUUUUGUUUUGUUUGUUUUUUUGCCUCAUCUUUGACGUCGUUGAUGUCGCCUGCAUUUCCCAGAAUGCCUUUGGGCAGGCUGUAGCCUCUUGGAUUAGCCCUCCGCUAACGUGAACACGGAUGAACAGAUUUAAUCGUCCGAUUCUUCUGGACUUUCUGAAUGUGGAUCAGAUUUAUCAAAUUUUAAAGCCAGCUCAUGAAAAAAAAAAAAUCAUGUAUCCACUGGUUUACAGCCGCUUCUCUUUGCACGGCGUUGCGGUUAUUGCGUAUUCGAAAUUCAGCGUUACGUUGAGCGCGGCUGCAAAUGUUUUUAAUCAAUCUGAAAGAUUUGGUGCAUUAAAAGCUCGAGAUCACGUGCCAAAAAAAACAAACUGCCGUUCCUCAAACGUCCACUUGAGGCUGGCUCCAGCAGUGAGUCAGUCUCCAUAAGUCCCCAUGUCCAAAUGUCCAACUUCACAGCAGAAAUAAACAUGUUUACAGCCUGGUACAAAAAACAGUUUUGGUCUCUGUAGCUAAUUUCCCCGUUCAUGACAACUGUACUGAGGGUGAAUUUAUAUACAACUCACCUGUUCACAUUAUAUUAAGGCUUAAAGUUUUUCCACGCUUUGAGGCAGGACUGCCGCCACAACGACCUGCGUGUUACGUCACUCCGUCAUCGUGAGUUUACCAUCAACAGAAUGUUGCUGUAAAAGUGUUUGAGGGUGGAGUUUCCCUCCAACUUCAUGAUUUUUAUAUUUCGGUGACAGUUCAGAUGAGGUUUUUUUUUUUUUUUAAACAAACGGGGCUUUUUCGGUUUACGUCGUCGAUUCAAGCGAAGGGCAGGAACGCGCACAAUCGUAGUGUUAAAAAAAAUAAAGCGUGAGGACGCGAUCGAUUGUUGGAUCCAUUCGUUAAUUUCAGGGUUUGUUUGUUUUUUUAUUUUUCAUGCAGUACAAAGUGUCCUCGUCUGUGAUGAUGUCCAUGCAUUUCCAGAGCUGUCAUGUGACCUGCGGUAGGAAAAGGGUUGAUUCGGGCGGGCGGGGUGACGGGCGGGCCGGGGUGCAUCGUGAUUUCUUUGUUUUGUUUUUUCUUUGUAGCCUUUAACCAGUCAGGGGGAGAUGAUAUCGUCUUAUAGAGAAAUUUUGUCACCUCUCAAGGUGUCUUUUAUUUUUGUAAACCAAAAUGGUUUUUAUUGUUUUCAUUGAAAUUUCUGUUGUUGCACCUUUUUAAGCCCGAUGUGUUACUUAAUAGUUGUUAAAUGUGCCAAAUAACUGUUGCUGAUUGAGUGGGAACCAAUGGGAAGCCUCCUUUUUUUUUUUUUUACUUUUCUGACCCUUCUCACCGCGGACCGCCAAAAUAAAACACACACACACACACACAGACACACAAGGAGAGAGUAAAGUUUGGAGGGUUCGAUAACUGUGACCAAACGUUUUUUGUUUUUUGCCACCAGGUUGCCAUGGAGACUCUCGAUUCAAACAUACACACACACAUCCGAUCCGGCUCACGCAAGUUGCGUGUUCACGUUGCGUGUCCGCGUUGGCAUGCGGGGACGCGACUGUCUAAAAUGCGCAGACACGCAUUUAAUCCAGCGUUCACGCUGUCCGCGUUAGCACGUGACACGCGUUCUACCCAGGUGUCGCGUGUCCGCGUUACCGCGUGUUACACGCGACCGUACAGUCGCACCACGCGUGCUAACGCGGACACGCGACGCUUCAUUUCUCUCUAUCGCUUUUAUUUUUAUUUUUUACUCCUCACAGAUUCUCCGCUCAGACACGCUCGACACAUUUAAAAAAAACAAAAACAAAACAAAAAAAAAGGAUGGCAUAUAGGAAAAAAAAAAGUUCAAAGUAUAUAUAAAUAUAUGUGUAUAUGAAAUGACAAAAUGCUCUAGGUUUAUUUAAAAGAUUUAAUGUAGAAAACAAAUUGUUCGGGGGGUUUCGAUGUGAGUAUAAUUGUUUGUGGUGAAGACUUCAGCUCAAAUCUUGCACAUAAAGACUUUAGAUAUUGUACCUGCGAGUUCCAGAUGAUUAUUUUUGUUUGAAUACAGGACUCUUUGCUCUUUCAUAUUUAUUGCGUGCGAGGGGAGCUUCUUCUACUUCUUCUUCUCCUUCUGUCGCUCCGUCUCUCCUCCACGUCGAGCCCUCAGCCGAGCGCUCGCUGUAGAAACUCCUCCGGUUUACACCCGUUUUGUUUUCAUACGCCACAGACAGACAAACACAGAUACUACUGGCUUUGGGUUAUUAUUUCCAAUGAGGUUAUGAUAAUACUGAUAUAUAAUUGAUAAUAUUAUUCAAUGAUUAUUAUUAAAUUUAUUUUAUUUCAAUGAUUUUUUUUUUUGUUUUGUUGUUUUUUCGAGACAGGUAGGAAGUUGCGUGUUGGACUGCUUGUAAAAACAGUUCAUGAAUAAAAAUUCUUUUUCCGUGUU